GGAUGUGAAGAACCUGGGCGUCUGCGCUGGUAGCGGUUUGUAGCGUUGAAAUUGUCAUAACUUCCGGUACUUUGUUGGUGGAGUCCAGGAAUUGCUAUUUUGCAUCCCGGGCAGACCUGGUCCAGGGUCGUGCCAGGUCUGCGUCGCCUUGUCAGCAAAGGAAUUCCUGGGGAAAGUUGCGAUAUAUCAUCGCAAGAGGCACGCCUCCAUCCCAACGGGAGAAAUCAUGGCCCAUAAUUGUUAAACAAUCUAAAUUCUUAUGACAAAAGUGCGCGUAAAGAAGGAAUGGGGUGUAGUACUAGUCUCCUGACUUCAACUGCCAGCCUUCAUUGGCUGCGGUGUGGUCGUUUGUAUGCAGGUUUCUAAAAUAAUGGAGGCCGCAUACAUACAGAUCUCAUGUGAAAAUAUAUAAUGUUGAAGAAAAAUAAUUCAAGUGCUUAGUAGAACUUCUCAUCAUGCAUGAAUGUUAAUAAGUGCCUGAAUUUCCCUGCUCAAAUGUAUUGCAACCUGUAGUUUAUUUAUGUCAUGUUAUGUUUUUUCUGUUAAUUUUUUUUGGAAGCAAACGUUUUCAUUAGUCAAAGAGUGCAGACCAAAUUUAAAGUUUGACUUACACAUACGUCAAUUUUAAACUUGGACAUGAAGAACAAGCACAAAUUCGUAGAUAUAGAGCUUCCCCUAUUUACAGUCAUAGAUCGCCAAGAAGAUAAAACUUCUCGUGAACUACAUUGGAUACUCUAUGCAUUUUGUGGGAUGUUUAAACUUUGAGGACCCUUGUAGCAUGAAGUACCCACCAGUUGUAUCGACCCUGGAGGAGUGGCUUGAUGGGAAACUUGGAAUUCAAGGAAUUGAUGCGGUGUCUUGUGCAUUCUAUGUUCUGAGUCUCUUGCAGAGAGACGAAACAAAUGAACCAGAAUCCUAUUAUCAAUUUCCUUGUUCCAAAAUUGUGGAUGAUCAGGGCCUUUCAUAUUGGCCUCAGAAUAGUUGGAGUAAUUGGGGAUUCGAUUGUUAUGAAAACUCAUUGGCUGCCAAGUGUGUCUCUGCACCUGUUCAAAGAUAUGAAAUUGAACAUCUGGGGAAUGAUCUUAGCCCAAGUUUGAAAAGCAUUAAAAGUGAAGGUGGUGAUUGCAUGACCCAAGGGUGCCUUUGUGACAAGCAGUGCUUUUCUUUGCCAGUAGAGGAUCAAGUGAAAAGGUGCCAAAAAGUAUUUUCUGUUGGAGGUCAGCGUCUGAAUGAAGAAGAAAAGUGCAAAGAAAAUUCAGUAGCAGUGUGUAAAAAUACACUUUGGGCCAAUGAAAGUGCUUGUGUUGGUUUUUUUAAACACAAGCUGGAGGGAGGAGGGUUAGAAGAGAAGAAUAAUUUUUCCUUUAUGGCUGAGAAACCUGUUCAUGAAAAAGGGGAAGGAUUUUGGAUGGCUGAUACAACAGAAACUGGAAACAAUCUGUUCUUACAUGAUGAGAAGCUGCUGUGGGAUAAAAAAGAUGAAGGUUUCUUUUCUUGGAAAACCUUAGAUGAUAAGUCAUCUACAGGUGUGGAAGAGAUCUUCAAACAUGAUGAAUAUUCUGAUGGAAUUCAGGAUGUGUGGGAGCCUGAUCUAUUUGGUAAACAGGCAAAAAGUCGAGCUACAGUUAGCAUGCCACAUGUGGGAGCAGGUGCCAAGUAUGCUAUCCAGGGCCUGUCUGAAAGUUCUGAUGAAGAUGUCAACUUGGCUCAGUUAAUUGCCAAGUUUGAUCACAGUAUCGAAGCCAUUUGGAACCUUGGCAGUACUCGCCCUUUGUCGUAUGGUGCAACUGAUGAGCAACAGAAUCUUCCCUGGAGUUUUCACAACUUUGUAUCCCCUUCCCAAGAUGCCGUAAAAAUGGAUCAGAAUAGUUUUGAAAACAAUUUGGAUUCCAGUUCGGAGGAAAAUUCUUUUAUACAUUCAGGCACCAAUAUUGUAAAUUCAAUUUGGUCUGACCAACCUUUUUUAAGCAAUUCCACAAGUCAAGAAUCUGGGGUAAAAUAUGUAGGUGGAGGGGUCAGCGAUUUUAAUAAUUCUAUAAAUGAUGAUCAUUCAGAUCUAUGUUGUAAAUUGAAAGUUUUGUUAACAACUGAUGAAAUAUUGCAUAAUGAAUUUAAUUUGUUUGAAUGGAAUUCUGGAACUUCUGAAACUCGAAUUGAAGUACCCAAACAUACUAAUGAAAAUUGCCUGCAAGAAGUUCCUGAAUGUUCCAAUGUUUUAUGGGAUAAAAUUCAAUCGUUUCCUACUCUCUUCUCUAAUGUUAACUUUCAAGAGCAGUUUUGUCGUAUGGAAAAUUUUCAAGAUGCUGACUGUGAAAAUCAGCAAAAUGAGAAUUCAUGCAUGAUAAGUUGUUCAUCCCCUUCCAUCUCAUGCUUUCAGGGUAGUUGUCAGGAUAAUGUUCAGGAUACUGCUGAUAAUGGGAAAAGAAAUUUCAGUACAUUGAAUCAUAACCGAGAGGACAGCAGCUUCACUGAAGUUUUACCUCGGCAUGCUGGAUCAAACAAGCUGUAUCAAGAAAUAAAAAUCGGAAAUUCAUGUACAAGUGAGAGCGGACCUGUUAAUGAUGCUACUGAUCAAUCCUGUGAUGAGAACAAAAGUAAUUUAGACACCACAGGAAAAGAAGAAGAAGAAGAUUUGUUAACAUCUGCUCGUACACAUUUCCGACCCAUUCAGCAAGAAAAUCAAGAACCUCAUAACAACCCUGCUAGCUCUUACGCUGAUGGAACAGAAUUUACAAUUUCAGGCAUUGUUGCAGAAGUGCCGUUUAAACGGAGUGAAAGUGGAACCUUGUAUCUGGAUAGUGAUGAUGUUCCUGGCACACCAAAGAAGUACAUGGAAUAUAAAGAAGAUAGGUCUGGUGACCUGAUAAAGUGUGUGCAUAUUUCCAAGGAUAAUUUAGGGAACAAAGAAGCCUUUAUUCCAAAGUUUUGUGUUCGUCAGAUUGAAAAGUGCUGCCAGACGGAUGAAAGCGAUGAAAGUUCUGAUGAAUUGAAUUUUAAAAGAGUGAAGCGUGAUUGUGCUGAGAAAGAAAGGAAAUCUAAUUUAUUUUUUUCGGGAGAUGAAAUUGUCAAAAGUGUAGCUAAUUAUUUAGAUGAAGACAACAGUAAAUUUUCUUCAAAUGAAAUUGGAUGUAAGGAUAAUUUUGAUGAUGAAAGAAUGGAUAUUUCAAUGCAAAAUGCAAAGAAUGAUUCAGUUUCAAGAAGUUUGGAGGCAGAAAUGUAUAUUUGGAAUAGAGCUGGUUGCAAAUGCAACAAUAACUAUAUGUUUUCUUCGAAGAGCGACUCACUCAGAGGUUUUGGGGCUAGCUUUCUGGGUGAGAAAGAAGGAUUGUGGGAGCCGGCUUCAGCAGCCCGACUGUGCCAAUCUCGGUAUAGCAUCUGGAGCUGCAGCCCGGGCCCACAAACAGAGCCCUGCCCUGUGUGCGAGACACUGACCCAAGACAAGACGAUGCAGUACAGCCAGCUGCGCGAGGAGCUGAGUGAAGAUGGAGAGCAGCUUCUCUCCGACCUUAGCUCCCUGCAGCCCUUGCAGCUGAGUAGCGGCUGGCUGGACGAUGCACUGGACCAGAGCGGCUGGGGCACUGAGCCCAACCUGCUGACUCGUGUAAGCAGUCGCCGUCGUUUGGUCUCUUGGGGGCAAUGUGGAGAAGGAUAAGCUAUCGAUUACUGGAUUAAGAUUUGGUGUACGGUUAUUCUGAUGACAGAUGAGGAUAUUAUAUUGGUACCCUUAAUGUAUAGUAGGAAGGAGUGUAAACUGAAAACUGGAAAGGUAUUAAAAGGACUAUAUAAAAUUAAACUUUUUACGGAAUAUUAAAAUUUGAAUUUUGCCUUGCACGUUCUAGCUGUGGAAACAACUUUUUCAUCUCUUGCUUUUCCCCCUUUCCCUAUAAAAUCUAGACUUGUAUCAAUGUCUGACUUUCUGUCUUUUCAGUUUACACUCCAGUUGACACAGUCUUUAGAUGUCUUGAAGAAGACAUUUCGAUUCAUUGCUCGUUAUGCUGUUGCAUGGCGUAAUGAGCAACAUUGCAGAGAGGCUAUGUCAAUAUAAACUUCAAUUUUUUAAACUUGUAAAAUCAAGCUAUUAACUUAAUGCCAGUUUGUUCACGACAAAAAGAAAAAAUAACAAAAAUAAGUUGUGCUAGUGAAAAUACUGCAUUUCAUCAGUUUCUUCCUUUCAUGUACAUUUUGAUAUUGUCUGCUGUAAAUAGGCCACAAGUGAGCAUUUUGGGAUGCAAUUCUAUUUGAAUGUAUUGCUUUUUGUGGUUUAUUGCUUAAUUGACAAUAUCAUAGUUUCAUGUUGCUUUUGGAAGCAAAAGAAAGAAGAAAAAAAAUCAGAAAUUUUGGCAUCUUGAAAUUCUACAUUCGUGUGAAUGCAGAUAGUUCGUUCCUGCGAGAGAGGAUGGGAGGAUAAGAGUGAGUGUGUUCAGUUGAGAAGUAGAGAUUUACAGGAGCCCCAUUGUUCUUCUCCAGGGAUGACGUCCCCGCCACAACUUGGGUUCUGCAUCAUUUCAUUUUGUCAGUUGGGUAGCGAUGACCCGGAAGAAGUUGGAGUCAAGGUACUUGCAAUUUUAAAAUAAUGUUUGGUUUCUCUUUCAUAAAACAAAAAAAAAUUAUUUCUGAACAUUUUAUCUGAAUAUUUUAAUUUCAGCAUGCAUAUUGCCCACUCUUUAAACUUUGUAACCCCCAUUCCAUUGUAACAUGUUUUUCUGGUUACAACAUUUUAUUCGUAGAAUCCAUUAAUCAGAUGUUUAGUAUGUUUGAUUUGAUUCAUUCUCAGUGUGGCAAGUAAACAUUAUGCUAUGUUGACGAGUUUUAGCACUUCAACUAAUAACAUAUUUGAGAGUAGGUUCAGUCAUUCUAUCAUUGAAGAACACCACACAUACACAUUUCAUCAUUGUAUGUAGGUGAAUUUAAAGUCACAUGUAACAUCAUUCUAUGUGCUAAAUUAAAGAAGAAUUAUAAAAGUAAAGGAAAAAAAGGAAAAAAAAUCCCCAUAUACUUGUUUUGCAAGCACAUAUUACACAAAAAUUAAAAAAAUGUGUGUGACCUUAGAAAAAUUGUAUUUGUUUUGGAAUUUCUUAAUAUAAUUACAAAUUUACUCAUUCAAUAUAUCCAUGAGCACAUAUAAGAGCUUAAAAGUAUUCUGGAAAUUGGAUUAUAGGUGCAGUGAUAUCUAGUAGAUGAAGUAUUGUGCUAUUUAUUGCAAUAACAUUAAAGUAUUGUUUGGAAACCUAAAUUGAAAAAAAAAAUGCUUAUGAUACAUUUGGUCAGUUGGGGACAAAUUAAGGAAAUUGUGAUCAACACACUCAAUGCCCAUUUCUGGUAAGAAAUGGCAAUCUUACUGUAAUACAUACUUUGAAAUCUUUGUUCAUUGUGAAGGGUAGUCUGUGCUUUUUUUCUUGUUAGCAGUUCUUUGGGUUGGAGAUAGACAAUUUUAACAAUGUUAUAGUUUAUUUUGCUUGCUCUUUGAUCAUCUUCAGAGCCUGUGUAGAUUAGUAUUUCCCUUUCUUUCUUGAUUAUUUGACCUGCUGUCAUACGCAGAAUUCUGUGAAAAGGAAUGGAGAUUUCACUGUAUGUAAAUUAUAAAAAUAAUAAAAUAGUAAAGCAACUUGUGAAAUUGAUCUGUGUUUGGACAGAACAUUGAUCAAGUGUUGUUGAUAUUUUAUGUUAAAUUUUUGUUUGUGUUGACUUCAAAACAUGCUGCAGAACUGCACAAUUAUUGUUUUCUGAUGUACUGUUACUUGUGAAUUUUGUUACAGAAAUUUAAAUUAAAUAAAAUGCAUUAGUUAUUAGCUGUGUUUUUGUGUGACCAAAGAGUUUGAUGAACUAACUGUUUUGAAAAUAAUUGACUUGUAUGCAUGCUUGUAUGGUUGGUUGGCUGUCUCUUAUGAAUGAAAGAAUGAAAAAUUGAAAUAAAAGGCAGAGUAUCCCAAUUCAACAUGAUUUGAAAGUUGUUUAUUUACUCAUAAAAUUUACUGAGAAAAAAAUUCACCUAGAUAACUUCAGGAAGUGGAGACAUAUAUAAACACAUCUGUGCUUAACGUCAGUGUUAGAGACGAUAAACAAAUGGGGAAAAGGAAACUAGUUUUCAUUGGGAUAUUGAAGUAAAGAACAUUUUUUCUGACUAUAGGAAAACAUGAAAAGGAAGGUUUUCAGUUUUGUUUUUGGUGAGAACUAAAUAGAAUUGUAUGAAAUGUGAAUACUAUAUAAAUACUUGAGGAACACUGGUAUUUAGAUUAGAGGAGAACUGGAUGUUCUAUGAAAAACAAAACAAUUCAGUGACUUAGGGAUUGUUUUUUUAACUUCAGUUAUUUUAAAAGGAAACGAGUGGUCAAGAAGCAAGUAUUUCCACUAUAAGAAAUAUGAAUAUUAUUUCCCUUUCUGUCCGGGAAUGAAUAUUUGGUAGAUUUCUUUUGGAAGGAAAAAUGGUUUCAGAUUAUACAAACCUGAUAAUUUGAUAAGAUGUUUUUUCCAAUGAAGGUGUUUAGUGUUUAAUUGUGUAGCUAUUAUUAUUCUUGCACAGAAAGAUAUAAGGCCAAAAUUGGUUUUGAAAAUAAUAGAUGUUGGUGUGUCAGAUUAAAUAUUUUCUAAUGUCUUGGCCCUGAAUUUGGGUUUGAACUUAUUCUGGUUUUAUGUCCAUGUUGCAAAAUAUUUUUAAUUGUGCUAACAUCCACAAAUUCUGUAAGGUUUUAAAAUCUUUUAUUUCGACAGUAAAACAUGUAAAAAAGCCUUAUGUAAGUCAAGGUACAGGACUUGCAUUAGGAAGUAGUGUGGGAAUUUGUUUUUAUUUUAGUGUUUUGAAUAGCUGUUAAAUUUGUUUUAUUACUCACUUGCCUGCUUUUUUAAUCUGUGGAAUACUGAAGAACUCUUCAAUGUAAAUUUUUCACAUCCUAUGUCGUAAUGUAAAGCACAGUGCUUUGUCAUUUGGGAUUAACUGAACAUAAGAAAGAAGUUUUACCCAUGGGGAAUUUGAAAGUCUAGUUUUCAUUGUUCGGUGUUGUAUUAGCUAGUAUUGCAUAAUUUAUGAAUUAUUAUUUAUGCUCUGAAAACUGGAGAAACAAUAACACCCUGUCCUGCGUGUG